GGGGUCUCAGUUGGGACGCUGGACAGAGCCUGCCAGCAGCAGCUCUCUCGCUCGUUCUGGAGUGUUUUUUCUGGUUGCUGGUCGUGUGCGUGUUCUGAGGUGGUUGUGGGUUUUGCGUUGGCUGGGUAACAGUUUGAGUUCAGGGGUGCAGAGGCUUUGUACUGUAGGUUCCAGAGAGGGGGAGUGGAGUUUGGUGAACUGCACAAUUAGGGGAGUUUGUAUUACACAACCUUGGCUACACUAGGAGGAGGAGAGGGUGUGUGAGAGAGAGAGAGAGUUAGCUGGUUUGCAGCACACUGGCUUUGCACCACUUUGAUUGCUCUGCAUGUAUCAGUUUGAGAGAAACAAAGACAUCUGUUGCAGGGGCGAGGUUGUCAUUGAGUUGCGUGCCGGUCUCGUGUCGUCUCGGGUGCUUCAAAAACGCGCAUCGUUUCGUUUUGUAUCAGCGCGGCGCCGUCAAUGAGGAGGAUUUUUUUAUGAGUUGAAGAGCUGCUGGACAUGGUUGUCUUUCUUCUCUAGCUUGAGCUUCAAAGGCAAAGGUGAUUACCUGAAAGAGAGGAAGGGAGCAUCAUGGGAGCAUCCAAGAAAUUUUUCAAGACGCUGGCCACCAUGAAACGAAUGGUGAAGCCGAGCUUAGUAGACAAGGAGGAUACGAAAAAUAACAGUAGCGAGAAACAGCGACGGUGGGUGCCUUGGAAGACAAGUGUGGAAAGUAACAGACCAAAGGAGUACGAUUGCAAAGACAUGAAGCGAACAAAGAAAAAAUUAGCGGACUUGAUGAAGAAAGUGGACAACUACCUCCUUAGCUCCACAAAUCAGCGGCAAAUAAGUCUCGAAAACUGGGCAGCUCUUCGCAUCCAGACCGCGUUUCGGGGAUUCCUGGCUCGAAGGGCGUUGCGAGCUCUGAAAGGGCUGGUGAGGCUUCAAGCAUUAGUCCGAGGCCAUACUGUUCGCCGUCAAGCGGCCAUCACUCUGAGAUGCAUGCAAGCUCUGGUGCGAGUACAAGCUCGAAUUCGAGCUCGUCGAGUAAGGAUGUCCCAACAAGGUCAAGCUGUGCAACGCACCAUUAUUGAGCGCAGGUGUCGUGAAGCAAUGCUCCGAGAAUCUGAGCGUGGUUGGUGUGCACACUCUGGGACGUUGGAAGACUUGCAAGCCAAAAUGCAGCAGAAGCAAGAAGGAGUGAUCAGACGUGAGCGUGCAUUAGCUUAUGCAAGCAGAUAUCAAUGGAGAGUCCCAGAACUUGGACGUUCAAAACACGGAUACUACUUCGACCAAGCCACGCCAGACAAUCAACACUGGGGCUGGAGCUGGUUGGAACGGUGGAUGUCAGCACGCCCUUGGGAGAAUCGCAUGCUUGACAACGAAAGCUUCAGGAGAAAACCACACUUCCUUCACGAGACCGAAAGCAGCGUCGUUGACAGUACAAGUACCCCGCCCGCAGCAUCAAAAAGCACGAAAAUGGUUAGUCCGAAAGCACCAAGCAGUAUACUGGGCAGCAUUAUGGGCAGUAUACGGGAUUACAACAGCAUUUCCGGAAGUAUACGCACCUCACCAACUAGAUCCCGGGGAAGCCAAUCCUUCCAUCUUCCCUCCACCACAGGAAGCGAGAAGCAGUAUCAGCGUGAUUAUAUGGCACUCCCAAUCUACUUCGACUACCCAUCAUCGAAUAUGCCGUCAGCUCCACGACUACACCACGACCGACCUGCACUCGCACCAGUAGACACCAACGUCCUCACCCCGGGACCAAUGAAGAGCUACAUGGCGGCCACCAAGUCCGCCAAUGCCAAGGCCAAGGCCAAGUCAAGGUCGCAGAGCACACCCAAGCAAAGACCAACCUCGUCUUUACUCUCAGACGACACUCCACUGAACAGGAAGCGCUUGUCGCUCCCUGUCAAGGCCACUCCGGGUGCAACAGUCAGCCCAGCUUCCAAGUUUCCACCAGCCCCCAGAGAUUUCACCAUCAGUCCACCAACUCUCAAGCGGGAGGGAUCCAUGCACGCUGUUGCAGCAGUGGGUCGCUACGAGCGGCCAUCGUCUCGAAGUGGAGAGCUGUGCAUGGUGGGCAGUUACGGCGAUCUGCGCCGGCCAUUCAGGUAAUUACCAUUGUUUCUCAGCAUCACCAGCAACAACUGAUUCUUACUCUCUUCAUAACAAUCGUUGAAAGAAGAUUAACUCAACAUGGUUUUGUCACUUGGGUCAUGGAUCAUUGACUCCACUGAAACGCUGUCUGAUCACACUGCAAGUCUCGGAAACCAGAGAGACUGCAGUGUGGGCUCAGAGAUGAAGCUUACAGGGGACUUUUGCACUACCAUGAGUGUAUAUUCGAUGCCGAGGCAAACUCACAAGCUGUGAAAACUGUAUGCUAGAAGGCAAUGUUGUGGUACUAGGCUAGAAGAGGUGAUGUAACAUAUAUGCCUGUAAGCAUGGGCAAGGUGCUAAUAUAUAUAUUUAUAUGUUACUGUUCACCCAUGAACGUACGUUGUACCUAUGUUUCAUGGUUUUUUAUUGUAUCUUAAAUGUUGAGGUUUGAGAUAAAUAAGCAAAAAGGAUCAAUCUUUGCAUUCUGCAUAAA